AGUUUGGAUCCUUGCAGUCACUCAUCCCGACAGCCAGGACCGCUGCUCCCCCACCCCUCAUCCAGCUUUCCUCUCCAAUCAUCCGCUGCUGGAACCAACCCUCACUUCUUCUCCAACCUGAACCAAUCAUGGAAGCCAGCAGGAAGACUCCCUCCUUCUCUGACGCCCUCCGUCACCUGCUUGUCCUGAUGCUAACUCUCCUCCCCGCCGCUGGGUCGAUGCCGGUCCCAACGGACGUCCCUGUGUGCACGGCGUCAGAAACAGCCCACUACAGCCUCACGUUCACAGGGAAAUGGACCCAGGCAGCUUUUCCUAAGCAGUAUCCUGUCUACCGCCCGCCUGCUCAGUGGUCCAACCUGAUCGGGGUGACCCACAGCUCCAACUACCACAUGUGGCAAAGUAAUGAGUUUGCCAGCAACGGAGUGAGGGAGUUUGCGGAAAAAGGCGAGGCCUGGACGAUCAUGAAGGAAGUGGAGACGGCCGGCGAGCAGAUCCAGGGCGUUUAUGGGAUCCUCUCUGCUCCUGCUGCUGUGGGCGGCUCCGGCCAGAUGGACGCCGAGUUUGAGGUGUUUGCCAGGCACUCCUAUCUGUCGUUCAUGGUGCGGCUGGUGCCGAGCCCGGACUGGUUCGUGGGCGUGGACGGCGUGGAUCUGUGUGACGGCGACCGCUGGAAGGACAAAGUGACGCUGGAGCUGUUCCCGUACGACGCGGGAACGGACAGCGGAUUCACCUUCUCCUCCCCAAACUUUGAGACGAUCCCGCAGGACAGAAUCACGCCGAUCACCUCGUCCUUCCCGAGCCACCCGGCCAACUCCUUCUUCUAUCCCCGCCUGAAGCAUUUACCGUCGAUCGCCAAGGUAACACUGACAAAAAUCAAGAAAACGAAUCAAAUCAUCAGCCUGCCGCUGGAGCCCACGCAGUCCAACCUGCUGCCAACGGGGAACGAGAUCAAAGACAAGCUGAUCAAUACCCCUCUGGACUGCGAAGUCUCCCCCUGGUCGCCCUGGGGUUUGUGCAAAGGGAAGUGUGGCGACUCAGGUGUGCAGCACCGCACCCGCUACGUCAUCAUGCACCCGGCCAACAACGGAGCGGCCUGCCCCCUGCUGGACGAGGAGAGGAAGUGCUUCCCGGACAACUGCUUAUGACUAGG